CAGUCCCGAUCUGAGGGCGACCGCAAUGAGUCCUUCUCCUCCAGUACGCGACCAUAGAGCGACUCCAUCAUCAUCUCUUCCGGGCAUCUUACCUUCGUCAACAGUGUUUUCAAAUAUUUUAGUUGGCCGUCAACAGCAUAUUUCUGUUAGUCCUUCCCGGCGAGAGGAGUAUCAUGCACACGAUUCAUUCCAAAGACAUUACGAACAUUUGUCCAACCCCUUUGAACCCGGAAUUUCAGAAUCUCGUCAUUCUUUCCAGCCUCGCCAUCCCUUAUCACUUGAUCACCAUGCUGGAACUUCAACCUUCUCCCCUGUUCAAAUAUCCCCACAGGAUCAUCAACAAGUAUUCUCAUCUCAUUCUGCAUCGAUAAUGCCAUAUGGCGGUUCUCUUCAAAUCGCCCAACACCAAGGAUAUCUGAAGCCUCCACCCGUGCAUUUGGACGAUAUGUCUGACGAAGAACGUGAGCGGAUGCGAGUAAAAAGAGAACGAAAUAGAGUUGCCGCAGCCAAAUGCAGAAACAGGAGAAGAGAGUUGCUUGAACGUUUGGAAAAGGAAGCAGAGCAGUUAGAACGUGAACAGGAACUUUUGAGAGAAAACGUGCGUCGAUUGCGGGUUCAGAAACUCCAAUUGGGUAACAUGCUGGAGGAACACGAACCAUCAUGUCAAAAAACAAUCAGCGAAGAAGAAAUAAAAACCCUCGAGGAAAAAGAAAGAAAUUCAAACGAUGAUCAGCUUAAGAGCGCAUCGUCUGGUGGAAUGGAUACCAAUGAAUCAUCUGCGUCAAAAAUUUCAUCAUCACCUCCCCAAGUAACAACUCAAGCAUGAAGUUCACUCAUACACGACAAGUUGAGUUUCAUUGUUGGAAUACAUCUUUCGAAGUUAAUAUUGGUAUCUAACCGUCCAAUGUGAACAGGAAAACUCAUGCACAAUUUUUAUCCAUUGUUGUGAUCGUGCACUUACCAAUUUGAUUUUCACCAAGAUGUAUGAGCACGCAUCUCGGUUUUUGGAAGUGAGGACAUAAUAUUACUUUUCUAAAGCAAUGGGUCUCGAUUUCUUCAGUGUGAGGAGGUGGCAAGGACCAAAGUUCACUGCAUAUUUGUAUAAUAUUUUAUUUCCUUUUCCCCAAUUUUUAUGGGUAUCAUGUCUGCUGGAAUUUAUUAUAAAAUUUCAUUCAAGUGUCAGAAUCAUGAACGCAGUGCAUCAUAUUUUGUGCGAUUCUAUGCAAUCGAGAGUGAAUAUAGUCGUUCACUCUAUUAUCACAAUGUUUUUUUUAAGUGAAUUUCCUUUUCAAACCAGGAAAUGGACUUAGCUGCUUGUUUUUCCUUGUGUCGCCACAGAUCAGAGAAUAGGAAUGCUGUGGGUAAAUUCUAACAUUGUGAUCAUAAAAUGUGGUCAAAAAGGAAACAUAUGUUAGUUUGAAAUUUAGAAGGAUUUGUCUUCGCAGUAAAAUCAUAUAAAUUCAACUCUGAUCGAAAAAUCGUUAAACAAUGCAAUUGCUGUUUUUCAAUGCAAGUCUUACUUUCUAUCAAGCGCAACUAAUGUUUCGCGAUUUAAGUAAUAAUUGAACUGACACAACUAAUAUUCAAUAUUUUUAUUCGUCUAAUAUGUUUAUUGCACUACAAUUUUGCCUGUCGAUAAAAUUAAACAUUAUUCGUUUGAAAAACACUCAUAAUCGGUUUACUGGUUGACCAUAUUUACUCACACCAAGCUAUAAGAUUCGCCUGUUGUCAUUGUUCGCAACGCAACACUGUGUAAGAUUUGCCGCUUCAACAGCAGCUAAACACUGUUCUGCCUGGAUUUUCUACCACUGAUUUCGACACGAUGGCGAAUAGUAAUAUUUUCUCAACAACCUGUUGU